GAGGAGCUGUGGGCCCAGCCAGCCUUGGAGAUGCCAAAGAGACGGGACAUCCUUGCGAUCGUCCUCAUCGUGCUACCCUGGACGCUGCUGGUCACCGUGUGGCACCAGAGCACCAUUGCACCCCUGCUCGCCGCACACAAGGAUGACGGCAGCGACCCCCGGCGCGAGGUGCCACCUGGCGCAGACCCCAGGGAGUACUGCAUGUCCGACCGCGACAUCGUGGAGGUGGUACGCACAGAGUACGUGUACACGCGGCCCCCGCCCUGGUCUGACACGCUGCCCACCAUCCACGUGGUGACUCCGACCUACAGCCGCCCGGUGCAGAAGGCGGAGCUGACACGCUUGGCCAACACGCUGCUCCAUGUGCCCAACCUGCACUGGCUAGUGGUGGAGGACGCACCGCGCCGCACGCCGCUGACCGCACGCCUGCUGCGCGACACCGGCCUCAACUACACGCACCUGCACGUGGAGACACCGCACAACUACAAGCUGCGCGGGGACGCGCGCGACCCGCGCAUCCCGCGGGGCACCAUGCAGCGCAACCUGGCCCUGCGCUGGCUGCGCGAGACCUUCCCACGCAACACCAGCCAGCCCGGUGUCGUGUACUUCGCAGACGACGACAACACCUACAGCCUGGAGCUCUUCGAGGAGAUGCGCAGCACCAGGAGGGUGUCCGUGUGGCCUGUCGCCUUCGUCGGUGGCCUUCGGUACGAGGCCCCGAAGGUCAAUGGGGCCGGGAAGGUGGUUGGCUGGAAGACAGUGUUCGACCCCCACCGGCCAUUUGCCAUAGACAUGGCAGGAUUUGCGGUCAACCUGCGGCUCAUCCUGCAGCGAAGCCAGGCCUACUUCAAGCUGCGUGGUGUGAAGGGAGGCUACCAGGAAAGCAGCCUCCUCCGAGAACUUGUCACUCUCAAUGACCUGGAGCCCAAGGCAGCCAACUGCACCAAGAUCCUGGUCUGGCACACACGGACCGAGAAGCCAGUGCUGGUGAACGAGGGCAAAAAAGGCUUCACUGACCCCACGGUGGAGAUCUGAGCCCCAGGACACAGGAGCCCUCUUCUCAGACCUGCUUCUGGCCGCCUGCGCUCCCCACACAGGUGGUCCCUCCAAGGCGGACUCCUGCGGAAUUGCCAUCACCCCCCUUUCUACUCUGGGGCCUUCAGAGAGCCCAGACUGAUGCCAGGACAAAGGACGGAGACCCCAAAGCACAGA